UGCAGCUAGCUCCCUCCCUUUCUCCUCCUCCCAAACGCCUCGUUGUUGCAGGACAGCAAGAACAAACUGACAGCAACUUAUUACUUAUAAAAAACCUCUUCCUCCAACAAAAUGACAGCAAUAAAGGCCACCAUAUUCAUCUUCAUCCUGCUUGCUCUGCUCUGCUCCACUGCAUACGGGCAUAAAUAUUCUAAACCUUCAAGGCCAACUUCUUGGGUCUGCUACACUACAGGAGGAGCUGCUGACAUGGCAGGUGGGAAUAUAAAUAUAAGUACCACGAAAUGUGACAGUGGGAAAGCAACCACACUCAAUACAGUGAUAGGAUUUGGAUGUGCUCUCAUAGCUAUAUUAGGAUUUGGUAGUAACUUUAUUCCAGUGAAGAAGUUCGACACAGGUGAUGGGAUGUUCUUUCAAUGGGUGCUGUGUAUUGGUAUCUGGCUAGUUGGAGUGGUAGUUAAUCUGGUACGGUAUCAACCACCGUUCUUUUACCCGGUGUUCUUUGGAGGGAUACUAUGGACUAGUGGUAAUGCACUAGUAGUACCAAUCAUAAAAACUAUUGGACUAACAAUGGGACUGACUAUAUGGGGAGCCACCAAUAUGUUAUCAGGAUGGUUCACUGGAAUGUAUGAAUAAUAAUAUUAAGAAUAGUGUUAAAAAUAAAAUUAAAACUAUAAUAAUAUUUAAAAUAAUAAUAAUUAUUAAAAUUAAAAUGAUGUUAGUUGACAAUUCUUUGUAAAAGUGAGCCUGAAGUAGAUAUGGUAAUG